AUUCUCUCUCCUUUCCUUUUCCGCGCUGCGGUUGCAGCCAUGAGUAUGCUAAGGCUUCAAAAGAGGCUUGCCUCUAGUGUCCUUCGAUGUGGAAAGAAGAAGGUAUGGCUUGAGCCCAACGAGACCAAUGAAAUUGCCAAUGCCAAUUCUUGUCAGCAAAAAAAACAGAAGUUGAUUAAAGAUGGGCGUAUCAUUCAGAAUCCUGUUACUGUCCACUCCCAAGCCCGAUGCCUAAAAAAUACUCUGGCUCGAUGGAAGGGGAGGCACAUGGGCAUUGGUAAGAGAAAGGGUACUGCCAAUGCCCGUAUGCCUGAGAAGGUGACCUGGAUGAGAAGAAUGAGGAUUCUGCGCAGGCUACUCCGAAGAUACCGUGAAUCCAAAAAGAUUGACCGACAUAUGUACCACAGCCUGUAUUUGAAGGUGAAGGGAAACAUGUUCAAGAACAAGCAGAUCCUCAUGGAGUACAUUCAUAAACUGAAGGCAGACAAGGCCCAGAAGAAGCUCCUGGCUGACCAGGCCAAAGCUUGCCGAUCCAAGACUAAGGAAGCAAGAAAACGCCGGGAAGAGUGUCUACAGGCUAAGAAAGAGGAGAUCAUCAAGACUUUGUCCAAGGAGGAGGAGACCAAGAAAUGAUUCUCCCCUAUCUCCUCUGUAUAUAGUACCCUUCUAUUUGGCUCAUACAAUAAAAAUUGGUCAGUCUAAAAAAAAAAAAA